CCCGCCCCUCUGCAGAGAGAACGGGAGCUCCAUUCAAACACACCAAACUCCGCGCCCCGCGAUGCGACAGUCGCUGUAGAAGAAGAGAAAGGCGGCAGAAACAACAGAAGAAGCAGAAACACACACUUUACCUCAAAAAACAAACAGGCGAAACAGACAAACGCGCAGCUAACAAACAGCCAUCCAGUCAGUCGGCAGCCGGAACACACACACUGAGCUCAGUCUUCUAGCAGGAGGCUAACGGCUAACACCACCGACAUGGCGAGCGCCUCGUACCACAUCUCCAACCUGCUGGAGAAAAUGACUUCCAGCGACAAGGAUUUCAGGUUUAUGGCCACUAAUGACUUGAUGACGGAGCUACAAAAAGAUUCGAUCAAAUUGGAUGAUGACAGUGAGAGGAAGGUGGUGAGGAUGAUUCUCAAACUGCUGGAGGACAAAAAUGGAGAAGUUCAGAACCUGGCUGUCAAAUGCCUUGGGCCACUGGUCAGUAAGGUGAAAGAGUACCAGGUGGAGACAAUCGUGGACACUCUGUGCACCAACAUGCUUUCGGACAAAGAGCAGCUCAGAGAUAUUUCAUCCAUCGGACUCAAAACUGUGAUUGGAGAGUUACCACCCGCCUCCAGUGGCUCUGCUCUAGCUGCCAGUGUGUGUAAGAAGAUAACCGGCCGUCUGACGAGUGCCAUUGCCAAACAGGAAGACGUCUCAGUCCAAUUGGAGGCUCUCGACAUCAUGGCCGAUAUGCUCUGCAGACAGGGGGGUCUCUUGGUCAAUUUCCAUCCCUCCAUCCUGAGUUGUCUGCUGCCUCAGCUUACCUCCCCCAGACUGGCUGUCAGAAAGAGGACCAUCAUGGCUCUGGGUCACCUGGUGAUGUCCUGUGGGAACUUGGUCUUCAUCGAUCUGAUUGAGCACCUUUUGACUGAGCUGGGGAGGAAUGACAACAUGUCGACCACCAGGACCUACAUCCAGUGCACAGCUGCCAUCAGCAGACAGGCUGGACACAGGAUCGGGGAGUAUCUGGAGAAGAUUAUCCCACUGGUUGUAAAGUUUUGUAAUGUUGACGAUGAUGAGCUCAGAGAGUACUGCAUCCAGGCCUUCGAGUCCUUCGUAAGGAGGUGUCCUAAAGAAGUUUACCAACACGUUCCCACGAUCAUUUCUAUCUGCCUGCGCUACCUGACCUAUGACCCCAACUACAACUUUGAUGACGAGGACGAGGAUGACAAUGCUAUGGACGCCGAGCAGAACGAUGAAGAUUACCAAGGCAGCGACGAUGAGUACAGUGACGAUGACGACAUGAGCUGGAAGGUCAGGCGGGCGGCAGCCAAGUGUUUGGAUGCUGUUGUUUCGACUCGUCAUGAGAUGCUCCCUGAGUUUUAUCGCUCUGUUUCUCCUGCACUCGUCUGUCGCUUCAAGGAAAGAGAGGAGAAUGUGAAGGCGGAUGUUUUCCAUGCAUACCUGUCACUGCUAAAACAGACCAGGCCAGCUCAGAGCUGGUUGGCUGAUCCAGAUGCCAUGGAGCAGGGAGACACACCUCUGACCAUGCUGCAGAGCCAGGUUCCUAUGAUUGUAAAAGCACUUCACAAGCAACUGAAGGAGAAAAGUGUCAAAACACGUCAGUGUUGUUUCAACAUGCUGACUGAGCUGGUAAAUGUCCUGCCAGGAGCCCUGACUCAGCACAUCCCAGUACUAAUACCAGGUAUCAUCUUCUCCUUGAACGAUAAGUCAAGCAGCUCUAAUUUGAAAAUUGACGCCUUGGCAUGUCUCCACGUCAUCAUGGUAACACACCCCGCCCAUGCCUUCCAUGCCCAUGUCCCUGCUCUUGUCCCUCCGGUGGUGGCGUGUGUGGGGGACCCCUUUUACAAGAUAACCUCAGAGGCUCUGCUCGUCACCCAGCAGCUUGUUAAGGUGAUCCGACCUCUGGACAACCAAUCAGAAGGCUCAGACAGCUUCGACCCUUCGCCUUACAUCAACGACCUGUUCACCUGCACAAUCAGACGCUUGAAAGCUGCUGAUAUAGACCAGGAGGUUAAAGAACGAGCCAUCUCCUGUAUGGGCCAGAUCAUCUGUAACCUAGGUGACCGCUUGCCUACUGAGCUUCCUGGAACAUUGCUGAUCUUCUUAGAACGCCUCAAGAAUGAGAUCACAAGGCUGACGACCGUGAAAGCUCUCACAAUGAUUGCCGGCUCUCCACUAAAAAUCGAUCUGAGGCCAGUUCUACCUGAUGCUGUUCCCAUCCUCGCCUCCUUCCUCCGGAAAAACCAGAGAGCUCUAAAGCUUUGCACACUGGCUGCUUUGGACAUCCUGCUCAGAAACUACAGCUCGGCUGUGACUCCAGUCAUGGUGGAUGCUGUCCUGGCUGAGCUCCCGCCUCUGAUCUCAGAGAGUGACAUGCAUGUGUCUCAGAUGGCGCUGAGCUUCCUGUCCACACUGGCGGUGACACAUCCGUCCUCACUAGGUCAACUGAGUGGUGGGAACAUUCUGCAGCAGCUCAUUGCAUUGGUUCGAUCCCCACUGCUGCAAGGAGGAGCCCUCGCUGCCAUGCUCGACUUCUACCAGGCACUGGUGGCCACAGACACUCCUGGUCUGGGCUACAUGGACCUGUUGAGGAUGCUGACUGGUCGUUACUCCCAGAGUGCGGCUCUGCCUCAUAAACAGGCCUACUGCUCCAUCGCCAAAUGUGUGGCUGCUCUGACCCGAGCCUGUCCCACUGAAGGACCUGCUGUGGUUGGACAGUUUAUCCAGGACGUGAAGAACAGCCGCUCGACAGACUCUAUCAGAUUGCUUGCUCUACUGUCAUUGGGAGAGGUGGGGCACCAUGUGGACCUCAGCAGCCAACCAGAGCUGAAGACAGUUAUCCUGGAUGCCUUCUCAUCCUCCAGUGAAGAGGUGAAGUCAGCAGCCUCCUACGCAUUGGGUAGCAUCGCAGUGGGGAACCUUCCAGAAUAUCUGCCCUUCGUUCUGCAGGAGAUCUCCUCCUCUAAGAGACAGUACCUGCUGCUGCAUUCACUCAAAGAGAUCAUCAGUUCAGCUUCGGUAUCCGGUCUGAAGCCAUAUGUGGAGUCAGUGUGGUCUCUGCUGCUCAAACACUGUGAGUGUCAGGAAGAAGGAACCAGAAAUGUUGUGGCCGAGUGUCUGGGCAAACUGACACUGAUCGACCCUGAAACCUUACUGCCACGCCUCAAAGGAUACCAUGCUGUCAGUUCGUCGUACGCCAGGAGCUCCGGUACGGCAGUAAAAUUCACCAUCUCUGAUCAGCCACCGCCCAUCGACCCACUACUGAAGAAACUGCAUAGUACAUGAUGAUGUAUUUGUUCAGGUGAUUUCCUGAAGACAUUGGAGGACCCAGACCUGAACGUACGUCGUGUUGCCUUGGUAACAUUUAACUCAGCAGCCCACAAUAAACCCAGUCUGAUCCGAGAGCUGCUGGACUCAGUUUUACCACAACUGUACAAUGAAACUAAAGUCAGGAAGGAGCUGAUCCGAGAGGUGGAGAUGGGUCCAUUCAAACACACAGUGGAUGAUGGCUUAGACUUGCGGAAGGCUGCAUUCGAGUGCAUGUACACUCUGCUGGACAGCUGCCUGGACCGGUUAGACAUCUUCACCUUCCUUAACCACGUAGAGGAUGGUCUGAAGGACCAUUACGACAUCAAGAUGCUGACGUUCCUGAUGCUGGCUAGACUGUCAUCUCUGUGUCCCAGUGCAGUUCUACAGAGACUGGACAGACUGGUGGAACCGCUGAGAGCCACCUGCACCACUAAGGUACAUGCAUAUAGUUUGCAAAACUCGGUGAAACAAGAAUUCGAGAAGCAGGAUGAGUUGAAGCGGUCUGCGAUGCGAGCCGUCGUUGCACUGCUAACAAUCCCAGAGGCUGAGAAGUCGCCACUGAUGUCAGAGUUCCAGUCCCAGAUCUCAUCCAAUCAGGAGUUGGCGGCCAUCUUCGACUCCAUCCAGAGGGACUCCAGCUCUGCCAAUAUGGAAUCCAUGGACAACCAGCUAAAAGACGACAUAUUCCCAUGAUGCAACAUGGCACCACCCCGCUGCUGGAGCGCUAACCCUGCAGCAUGUUUCCAUGACAACAGGAUUCAGACACACACAUUCACACAGACAUACACACUUGUAGUGACACACCCUCUCUUAGCGAUCGAUUGUCCAUGAUGCAUUACACUGAAAUCAGCUGUUGGGAAAGAAAGGAAGAAGACUGAUGUACGGCUCACACACACGGACAAAAAGAACAAAAAACAAAGAACAAAAAGAGAAAAAAAAAGAAAUUCCAGAAAAAAGUUCAUUCUGAGGCUUGGAAACUCCUCCCACUUCCUGUUUGUUUUUAGUGAGGUCAUCUGGUUAGUUGAUCUCUCUGUUCAUCAUCAUUCUUCUUUUUGUUCUUUUUGUAAUUCCAGAAAGUUCCCACAGGUACUGUACUGUAACCUGAUUGGCCGCGCUGAGUGACUGACAGUUAGCGUGUUAUCAAAACUGACCAAUGGGAAAACGGCCUUCCUGCCUGAGGCUGUGGUGACCAAUGGGAGAAGGGCUCGCUCUGUUUUGCGAAAGAUGUAGGCAACCAAUAGGAUGCUUGGGGGUCAAUGACGGUGGUGGCGGGGUUUAACUGUUUGUGGACCAAUCAGCUUCUUUAUUUCCCCCUGAUUCAAUAGACCUGCCCUCAACCCCUUCACUCCCAGGAAGGAAGAAGGAAAGAGGAAAGGAGAGAUUAUUGGACCAGGUAUCUUCUGACCAGACCCAACUGAACAGUCCUGUAAAGCUGUGUUACUGUUACCAUGGUAACACAUGGCAUGAAUGUCACCUAGAAAUCCAUGUUGGGAGUCACACUAUUCUGACUAGUAUUUGUUCCAGUCAGCCAGGACCUGAUCAUUCCAGUAAAGUUUGGUGAACGGUGGUCCAUGUUUGGAUGGGUCCAUUGAAAUGGGGGUUAAGUCUGGUUUAGUCUGGUCUGGUCAGGACAUUCCACUGUUGUUUAUCGCCCAAGGAAAAUAAAAAGGUCCAUUUCUGCUGCCUUCA